GACGCCAUCUAACGUCUGGCAUUCCUGUUUUUUUCGUGCGGGUAAAAUCACGGCUUUCUAUAGCGCGCAAGCCUUUAUCGUUUUGUUUUGUAGAAUACGGUAAGUUAAGUGGAUAUCUUUGAUAAAUCGACUAUGCUACGCGUAUGCCAAAUGAAAUGUUAGCUGAAAAAAAGCGUUCACGCGUUAAAGAAAGUGUGUGGGAAAAUGAGUUAACCGUGUGUUAACGCGCAGUGGUCAACUAUUCGUGCGAGUUUAGCAAAGGAAUAUAUAUCCAUAUUCAGGACGUGAUAACGUCGAGUAUUUAGAAAGACGUAUUUAAUCAGUGAAAAAUGAGCACAUCGGCCAUAAAGUCAACGAUACCUGGAGUAGGUACAUCCCCAACUUCUACCAGUCAUUCUAUUCUUCCCAUGAAUGCAAUGGCACAGAAAGUUGUAUCAGGAUCAGAACCAGGAUCUAUGAAGCCUUUACCAGGAACUGGAUUAAGCUAUGUUACAUUACAACCACCCAGUCAACCUUUGAGUUUAGUACAAGAUCAUAGACCUUCUGUAUAUCAAACGCCACCUUAUGUAAGCAGCAAUUCUGAAAAAGAACCAGACCUGGAUAAAUUAAUCCCUAAUGGAGUAGAGAUUAUGAAAACUGAAACAGAACAGAAUAUGUCUGUUUCUAUAAAGCAGAGUGAAUCUAACAGAAAUAAUAAUUUAAGUCCAGAUAAUCCUACACAAGAUUCACAAAGAGAAGUUCAAACAGAACAAGAGACGACACCUAUCAAUUUAGAUUUUCCUGCAUUAUGUCCACAAUUACAAAACAAAGUUGAAGAAAAGAAAACUCCUGUAAAUAAUGGUUCAAAAGAAUCUGAUGGAAUUCCAAUUAAUACAAAUUUACAAACAAAAUUGUCAUCACACAAAUCAGAAGAUGGGUCAGUAAAAUCUGAUAGCCAGAAGUCAAAAACCACAACUCAAAGUACGAAACUUGUAGCAGAUAAUUCUACAUUACCACAAACAAAUAAUCCACCAAAGGUUGAAACAAAGGUCAGUGGUUCACCAAAAACAAAUAAGAGAAAGUCUAGGGAACUGAAAGAUUUAAGAGGAACUUCAGCAAAUUCAGAUGGAGCAAGCAAACCAAAAAGAAAUCGAAUUCAAACACAGCCUUAUCAAAGUCCAUUACCGGAAAUUGCAUUGCUUGUAAAAAAUUUAAAUAAGCCUCCACCAUCGAAAGCUUCUGACGACAAACUUAUAGUAUUCUAUAAAAAUGAAUUUUUGGCUGUGAGAAAUGCGGAAGGAAGCUUCUACGUAUGUCAAGCAAUGCAAAAUAUAUAUAAAUCUAGCAGGAGAAUUCGUAUACGUUGGCUUUCUCAAGAUAAAAACAAUGGUGAAAUAUAUUCACCAGAUUUUUAUGAUUAUAUAGAUUUCGACUGUAUAUUAACGAAUUUAAAUUUAAACAAAAUUGACAAAAAUAAAUUCCAGUUAACCAAGAUUGAAUUAUUACGUACAGAAAAUAUUUUGAAAAGAGCAAUUGAUGUUGAAGCAGGUAUAUCAGAAAAACCUCGAGUAACAGAAGAACACCCAGAUGGACUUGACCUUUCACUUUAUAAAGAUGAGUCACAAUUAAAGAGAAGAAAAAGUCACAACUUGCAUAAACAAAAACAAAGUUUACGUAAGAAAUCAAAACGAACUGAAAGCUUCUCUGAAGAUGAUGCUACCGAAGAAGAAUCAGGAAAGAAAUCACCUAAAUCAAAUCGUUCUAAAAAGCGAACGGUUAACAAAGCUCUGGCAAUUGCAAAAUCCGUUGCAAAGGGAUCUAGUAGAGCAGAAAGAGCAUUGAACAGAAAUACAAAGUCUGGAAGUGAAACUACUGCAGCCGCUACUAAUAGUACUGCAACUACUACUACCACUACUACUACUGCAACUGUAACUACAUCCACAACAUCAAUAGAUGCAAUUAAAAAUAAUACUGAUGUUAAAAAAAGUGAAAAUAAAAAGAGCACAAAGCAACAGAAUAAUAAUAACGCAAGUGGGGUUUCAAGGACGAAAUUACGUGCAUCUGUACAAAACACACAACAAAGUAACAAAACAGCAGGUCGUCCAAAGCGCAUGGCUGCAACCACAGGUGUUGCGUCAACCGAGGAAGCUGCUUCUCGAAAAAAGCCACGUGGGCGAGCAUAAGAUUAACGUAAUUUACUUGUAUUUCCUGUACUGCAUCUAGAACAGAAUCUGUAUCGUAGGCAAUAUGUACACGUAGUACACUCUUUAAAAAUUGCGAUCGAUUUAUAAUGUAAUAUAUAUGAUCUUAUUAUCUAUCAGAUGCUGCAUUAUAUUAUAGUCCAACAAUGUGGGAUCAACAAUUUAUAUUACGACGCGGCAAGUCGCAUUUAAACGAAGAAAAGACUCAAAGACUUAUAAGAGUGAUAUUGUGAUAUCAUACAAAAUUUGUACAUAUCGUCUACGUUUCAGAUUCCUACAGGAGAAGAAAAUCAUGGAAUGUGUAUGAAGAACGGUACCUUGGUUGAGUAAUAACUAUCUACAGGGUGUCACAAGCUAAUGCACUCUUGCAAUAGUCUAUUUUUGAUGUUGUGAGUGAACUGUACGUGAUUCAGUUGAGUUUAAUGUACACUUUCCAUUGGAUAUGAUAGCUAUGUACAAAUAUAUAUAUCUGGGGCUUAUAACGUACUCUAUAAAAAGAUGGAAACGAAAGAAAAUAGAGUACGAGAGAAUGAGAACAAUCCGUGAAUUAUCGAUCUCUAAGUUAUGGAUCGGUAGAUUUAGAAGUACAAUAUCUGUACAUUAUGCUGAAUCCUUGCUGUUUAAAAAAUAGCAUAUAAAAUGGUCCAGCGCCUAUGUUAAAGACAGGCAGAGAAAAAAAGUGCCCUCAACUGUAAAUCCUUGUCCUGUUGUUGAAUCUAUGGAUUCAUAAAAGAAAGAGUCUUAUGCCUGGAGAUGUAACGUUUUAACUGUAGUUUAUUUUUGAAUCAUUUACGUCAAUGAAUUUCUAGUAUAAUUCAUUGUUAUAAAAAAUGAAGAAGAUCAUAUUAAUUAUGGUGGUGUCAAACUAUAAUUUAGACACUUAAACAUUAUAUUCCUUUCUUAAGAAAAAAAAAAAACAAACAAAAUAGCACUUAUUUACUCUGAUAAGUCUGGAUUUAAAUGUGUAAAAACUUGCUUUAUCUAUGUAUUAUUUUAUUUUUUCAAAGAUUAUGGACAAAGUGUAUAUUUACUAAGAGAUAGAUGAUUAUGAUUUAUACACACUCUUCACCAAAUCUAAAUUCGUAUAUUUUAAUGUAGUUUAUAGUUUAUAUUUUGUGUCAAAAUACAUUAUUGGGGAUACAAAUUUUGUAUCAAUAUUGAAAAAGGGAAAUUAUGAAAAUCAAUUUAUUACAAUGUAUGUACAUUAAACGAAGGUAUCGAGGCAUGUAUUUGUUUUUUACAUUACAGUGGUACAAGGACAUAUAGUACAUAAUUGUUUUAUACGAGAAAAGUCUUUGGGUUUUAGGAAAAUGUAAAACGAAUUUUAUUAAUUAAAAUUGUAUCGUUCUUUUGGUUAAAAAUUCGGUUGUCAAAAUUGUAUGAACUUAUUUAAUGCAUCGGCCGUUGAAUAUUGCACAAAUUUAAAUGAGAAAAUAAUUUCUCAUUUACAUGAUUUUAUCUGUAUGUACAUAUAAUAAUUAGGUAAACAAAAUUGUGAAAAUGAAUAAAAAUCUAUACGAGCGUUUGGAAUUUUGAAGGCUAAUGUAUCUUAUUCAUUUGACAGUGUGUUCCAAUUUAUUAUGUUGCAAUAUGAAUGAACAGUGCAAAAUCCUUUGUCUCUUAUUUCAGGAAACAUUGAACACAUGUACGAUGUACAUAUAAUUCAUAAGCUUAUAACGUUAAAGACAACUCAAGAAUGCCGUUUAAACGAAUAGGCAUAUCGACUUCUAUUGAAAAUAGUAUAUAAUUAUUAUAAUAAAUGAUUAAGCUGAAUUUAAUUCUUGAGAUAGGAGAUGAAUAAGAUACCAAUCCUGUCAUUGGUCCAUUGCAUAUUGUAUUUAAAGUAUACACACACAUAAUGUAUAAAUUUAAAAUAUACGCAAACGUAAUGUAUAAAUUUAGUGAAGGAAAAAAGAUUCUAAUGAACGAAAACCGAGGAAUUUGCUUAUAUUGUUAUUCGAUUUUGCUUUGAAAGCAACUCUGAAAAUUAGUUGUAUAAUAUCGAGAUGAUUCAUAUGACGGUGCAAAUAAUUAUGACUAAAUAUUAUCAUUAGCGUCGAUGGAUGAUGUGUAAUAUAUAAUAAAUUUUCAAGAUAAGCUGCACUUUAUCAUUUCGUGAAGCAAAAUCGAUUACAACAUAUAACUCGAAUAAAUACAGCUCUCGAUAUUCUUCUCGUGAGCCACUUGCAAAUUUAAGACGGGAGAAUAGUACGAAGGAAAUUGAAUCGAAAAGCAAUUAUACAUUUGCGUGCGGGCUGAUAUUUGUUGAGGAUAUCUAAAACUAAUAUAUUAAAUUUCAAAGACCGAAGUUUAAACAUGUAGACACUAGGUAAUUGACCAGUAAAGAAAAUCAUCUUUCACUUUAUACACGAUGAGCUGUAAACUUGUAUUCAUCUGUAUUAAUUUAUUAUACAUAUGUGAAAAGUUGUUUAUUCGAGCCAGUAAAUCCCAAAUUUUGUAUUGUCAUUACUAUUGGAAAAAUAAUUCAUAUACUUAAUUUCGUUUUUUCUCGCGAUUACGUUUUUUAAAGUAAGACUAGAAAUCGUUGUUCAAAAUUUAAAAGCUAAAGAUACAUUUGCUACAAAAAAGUAUAUGUAAAAUUCAAAGUACAAAUAGUUUGUCAUGAAAGUAUCAAAUCUUUAGCCCAAAAUUUAGGAAACAUCGGUUUAAAGUGUUACGUUAAAUAAGAUCUCAACUACCUCGAUAUAUGACUUAUUUCUACAAUAAUGUAAAGAUUGUAUUUCUGAUUUUAGAUACAUAUAAUUUAGAGGGACCUCAUUUUAUUUGCAUUAUGAUUUGUAUACGAUAUGCAAACAUAUGACACUUGAUAUUGUCAGUACUUAAAAUGUCCUUUUCGUGCAAUACUUAAAUAUAUAAAAGUGAUAUUACAUCGAGAUGAGAGAUAUGAAAAUAAAAUUUAUAUUUAUCUAUUUCUGUGCUAUCUUUAUAAAUGAAUCUUGAUUAGUUCAAUAUUUUUAUUAAUUUUUAAUAUUUUUCUAAUUUUUGUAUUAAAUGAAAAGGAUGUUUUAGUCCAACGAUAUCAAAUGUUGUAUUAUAUACAAUUCAAAAUAAUAAUAUUGGCCAGUUUGCGGUGCCAAUUAUUUUUAUUUUUUGAAUAGUAUUCCUCCGACAAGAUUUGUCCUGAAACAUACAAAAUUUAUUAUUGGCUCUCACUUGACUUCUAAGCACUGCUUCAAUCAAUUUACAGCGUAUGUCCCUUAUUAAUCUGAAUGUCACGAUUGCAUUCUAAUUAUGUAAUAAGUACACAAACCGUAUUACGCGUGUCGCAUUUAGAUAGACAUUUAAAUGAUUAAAUAAAAGCGAUCGUGCGAUUACCUCUAAUUAUGAUUCUUGUAAGAAUAGAUAUUUACAUAGUCGAAAAGUACAGCCCACAUGCGAAAAUAUCGAGCCAUGCUCGAAACGCGUUACUAAAGACUGCCUUUUUGCUUCGAGGUCGCGUGAAUUAGCAUUUACAUUAGGAAAUAUUCGCAAAUAGUAAAUGUACGAUAUUUCAUAUUUCGUAUAAAUUUAGUUGUCGUUUUCAAUUCGAGAAUUGAAUCGAAUUUUCAAAAGUCAUAUAUUACUGUGAAAAGUGUGAUAAAGACAAUCUUUUAGCAUAAAGAUAUUCAUUUUUUCAAGGUAUCAUUGUAUUAUAAUUUUUUUUAUUCUACUCGAGAUUGUUUAUUUUUGUAGAUCGCAUAUAACUGAUCUUUGUUUAAAUAUUAUAAUAAAGUAACUACGAUGACUUUUAGUAGGAAAUUAAAUGGAAAGUUAAAUUCGAUUCAUACUUCUUAUUGAUCGACGACACAUAUUUAAUAAUAUUUCAUAUGGCCUACUCAGUACCUAAAACACGAAGAAUUAUUUGACCAGGAGCACAAUGGCAGAAAAUAAAAGUUGUACAUGUAUAGAGGAGCGCGUUUCAAGUAAAACUGGCUCGAUCCUUUUGAGAUUCAUUUUUCUAGAAGUUAUUCUAUACAAUUUACAUGCGAUUCUACCAUUUGGAAACCAUUUGCAAGGAGUUUCUAAUAUCUAAUUGUAAAAUGAUUAAUUAUAAAUCACAAUGAGGAACCUCUACCUGCCGUACCGUGUAUUGUUUCCUUUUGUGUACGUUAUUCCGUAUUUUUGUCAGAUUAAUUAAAUCAUAAGCUGAUGAUGGUUGGUGCAAUCUAUAUGUCCCCUGUGAUUUAAGUUCAUGAAGAAUUUGAGAAAUCAGCGUUUUACAAAUAAUAAAAGAUAUUGUGAGUUUGGUGA